CAACACCUAUCAUGACAGCAUCUAGCACCAACAGCAUCAACAGAUCUUCGCUCCUUCGUGCCGAGACGAUGAGCAACGCUGAUUUAUACUGCGUUACACCACCCGCAUAUGCUAUGUCGGCAGCGGAAGAUGAACAGACACUCGAUGCGGAAGCUGUUGAUGAUUCGAAGACGGGCAUUCCAGGCCCUUCAAACUUCCAAGAGUCUCUUCAUAUACCAGAAGACGAACCGAGAACGCUGGCACCAAGCACACCAAACACGCUAUCCCCAGUUCCUACAGAGCUUCCUCCAGUGUAUUUCCAGGAAUUGGCUAUGAAUGCUUCAACUGCGCAUGUAAGAAAAUGCACUCUGCUUCCAAAGCGUCCAGCAGUGUGGCUUGUGAAGAAGAGGAAUUUGGCACUGUCCCCGCUUGCAGCUGAGGUUCUAAUCAAGGAGGGUCUAAUAAGAAGUAAGGACCUUGACCUUAUCUCGCAAUCAGCUGGUGUUAAAAGAGACCCUUCGGAUCCCAUGUCCGCAAUUGCAUUCGCCACGUACGAUACUGUCGGUGAUGUGUUGUUGGGUUUGGUGGAAGGACCCGUAGAGGCAUAUCGACAAUUUGGAAUUGCCGACGUUGAGCGAAAACGAAGACUAGAAGAAGCGUCGCCAAGUCAUGGAAAUUCGUCUCCAGCUCUGUCUUCCAACGCAUAUAAACAAGUAGCAAUAAGCACGGGCAAAGGUUUUGGACGAAUCGUUGGAGCCGGUGUCAAAGCUCCCAUGACGUUUACCCACAACUUAACACGAGGAUUCCACAAUGCGCCAAAGCUCUAUGGCGACGAGGUUCGAGAGUACGAGAACGUAACCGAUAUCCGAAGUGGAAUAAAAGUCAGCGCAAAGGGUUUUGGGUACGGUGUGUAUGAUGGUAUUAGUGGGUUCUUUAUUCAACCCCUACAAGGAGCACGAAAAGACGGGGCGUCGGGCUUCGCAAAAGGGUUUGGAAAAGGCAUUGGCGGUAUGGUAUGCAAGCCAGCUGCAGGUAUUUGCGGGAUUGUUGGCUAUACAUCAGCAGGCGUGUACCGGGAGAUCCAAGGCUUGAGACCUGGCGGAAAUCGCUCAGUUACGGAAGCCUUCAAGUCUCAAGGGGAAGUAGAAUAUAGCCAAGCCCCGGAUCAGACCCGUGUGGAGGUUGUAAAGAGGUGGUGCCAGGUAACAAUGCGCCAGGGUCACUCAUAG